AUGGGGAAGUUACGUCCACGAGCACCAACCCGUAAAGGUGCUAAGCGUUGGCCAAAAGGUCAAAGUUCAAACUCCAAUCCGGAGACUAAAAAAUACAGAAAUCAAGCCAGAUCAGGAUUUGGCCAGCCAACUUUAGGACCCAGUCGUCUAACAACAGAAGCAGUAAAGAGAUUAGACGCCCUCCAAGGACUAGAAUCCUCCGAAAAAAUCGAGAUCGACAAUGAUUUCGACGACGCCAGUUCCACAGCAGAUACAUUCAAAACCUUCGGAACAUUCGCCAGUAACUACAGUAACUGUUCCAACACUUCCUUCAGCCGUUUCCUAACUCACUUCCAAUCAACCUCCUUAAUCCACAAAGAGAUGCUCGCAAUCUUAACCGCAGUGACCGAAGUAAUAAAGCAAAACGGAGGAACAGAAUCAUCAACCGAGUACUACGCAGCUUUAAUGACAACUCUAGAGCAAGCCUAUUCUAACGAAUCCGAAAACUCAGCUAAUUCUUCAGAAUCUAUAGCAGCUAUUUUAUCCCUCCUAGGAAUGGGUUUAAAAACAGUCCCCAAGAACGUUCUUAAAGCUCAGUUCAGCCAAGCAAACAAAGUAUUCAUCCAAAUUCUCGAGAGAUACAUCGAGCGUGAAAACUAUCUAAUAAUCCGUCACUGUAUCGGGUGUCUCUCCGUUUUAUUACGAGCACAAGAGGCAAUUACUUGGUCUAAUUCCUCCACAAUGCAAAUUCUUUACGGAAUUCUUUCAUUAACUAUUCAUUCAAAACCAAAAGUCCGGAAAGCAGCUCAACAUGCUGUGUGUGCUAUUUUAAAAGGCAGCGAAUUAAUGAAAGAAAAUCCACCAGCUUAUCAUCCAGCAGCACCAGAAAUAGCCAAGCACUGCCUCAAGCAAUUUGAAGACGCAGGUAAGCCAGGAACUAUCACUUCAACUCUUCAUAUUUUAACCCUAUUAAAAGAUAUAAUUCACCAAUUGCCCAAAACAUAUGUUAAGUCAAUUUGCGAAGGACUGUUGCGUAUAAUGGUCCUAAAAAAUGUCCUAAUAUCUUCCUGCUGUUUGCAAACAUUCCACAGUCUCUUUAUUUCAAAACCCAAUGAGUCAAUCUUACCCUCAAAAUUAAACGCUCAGAUUAUAAACGCGUUGCACGAAAUCCAACCCAAUCGCGGAGAUACUCAGCUUACUCUAGCUUGGCUUGCAGUAAUGCAAGAAGCUCAUGUAAAUCUUUCCGUAAAUUCUUUAAAUCUUUGCGCAGCAAAUAUCCAUCAGAUAAUCCUAAAAGCUAGCGAGCUUUGGCUAUCAGACAAACCUGAAAUAAUUACUGCUGCAUCGCACACUGUAAAAACUCUUCUUCAAGUAUGUGUAGCUCCGCUAUGCGAAAGUGAAAUUACAGCGCGUAAAUAUGAAAAGACAAUUAGGGAAAUUAUUUUGUUGAUCAGAAGUGGAAUGCAGUUGAGGUACAACUCAGCUUGGCACCACAUUCUUCAUUUACUAGCUGUGCUUUUCCAAAUUGCUGGAACUAAGUGUCAAAAUGAAUUGGCGCCUAUUUUAAGCGACCUUUGUGAAUUGAGAGACACGCAUAAGUUCACUUACAAUUCUGAAGUUGAGUUUGCAGUUGGAGCCGCUGUUAAAGCUAUGGGUCCGGAAAAAGUCCUUGAAAUAAUUCCUCUGGUUACUUCUCAUGGGAUUUUUGAUCUAAAGAGAAGCUGGCUGUUGCCCGUUUUGAAAGAUUGUAUCACUUCUGCACCACUUUUUUACUUUAAAGACAUCCUAAUCCCUCUUGCUACAAAUUGUGAGAAAUUAAGUCUAGGAUUAAAGGCUAAAAAUGACAGAAUUAUGUCGCAUAGUUACGGAUUGUUAACUUCACAAAUCUGGUCGCUUUUGCCAAAUUUCUGCAACAAUCCUCCUGAUAUUGAAAAGAGCUUCAAAGAAAUUGCAAGAAUUCUUGGUACAAUUCUCAGCGAGAAAAAGGAUUUAAGAAUAUUUGUAAUGACUGCUUUGCGUAGAUUAAUAACUCGCUCUAUAGAAAGUGACAAAAAGGAAGAUAUUAAAACCCUAGCUAACUACUCAAAAAAUUAUUUACCACUUUUAUUCUCUUUUUAUACAACUCAGCCCAAAGAUACUGUUGAAGAAGGCCAACGCCUUGCAGCAUUUGACACAAUAAAAGCUUACUUGAGUAUAACACCUCCCGAAUUGUGCAAAGAUUUGCUCAACACUGCGCUAACUAAAUUACAAUCUGAAGAAAAUGACUAUAGUAAGCAAGCUUUGUUCAGUUUGAUCAGAAUUUUGGUCCAGUUUACUGACCAAGAACGUCUUCUUGAACUAUACAAUAAAUGCGUGGUUAUAUUUAAGAGUACCAAGCAACCAAAAGAACAAAAGCAGGCUUACAAAUUUCUGGAAGAAAUUUUGGGAAGUGAGAAGGAAAUUUGCAAAGAAUUUGUUCAGGAAAAUUACAAAGCUAUUCAGAAAGUUGUAAUUGGAGCUGCUACAAGUGUUUGCACAAUUAGCAGAGCUUCUCGUUUGCGCUGCAUUGAUUAUUUGAUAAAAUAUAAUCAAAAUUUGGAGAAGAUUAAGUUUUUGGAAGCUAUUGUCCCGGAAGUUGUGAUGUGCGUUAAAGAUGUUAAAGCUAAAUGUCGCACGUUGGCUUAUCAAGUGUUGAAUAAUAUCGCGGAUAGAUUGUUGGACAAAGGGGAUAGUUUUGAUAAGUAUAUUCAGAUAAUUGUAGCGGGAUUGGGAAGCAAUCCUGCUUUUAUUCAUGCUACUUUGUUGAGCUUAGCUAGUUUGACUUACAAGUACACUGGGUCGAUUGGAAUUAGCAGAGCUAAGGAAAUUCUUGAGCUUACUUGCACACUUUUAACUGGACCUGCUAGAGAAAUUGUUUUAUCAGCGCUUUGUUAUGUCAAGGUUUAUUUAUCAGCUUUUCCCAUUGCGAUUAUUGGGCCUGAUUUGCAGAUUAUUAUGAAGGGCAUUACGGGAAUGACUGAAGAUUGUAAGCGACAUUUCAGGCAGAAAGUUAGGGACAUUUUGACUAAAUUAAUUCGGAAGUUUGGUAUUGAGCCUAUUUCUGAAUUCAUUCCGCAGUCGGAUGAGAUUAUGCAUAAAAGGAUUAAGAAUAUUAGGAAGAUUGAAGCGCGUAAGCAGAAAAUUAAGGAAGAGAGGAAGUCUAAAGGAGAAGGAGACAGUGAUGAAGAAUUUAGUGUUAAGAGAAAGCCUAAAAGCAUUGAAGAUAUUUUGGCUGAUAGUGAUGAAGAUUUUGAUGAUACCGAUGAUGGUGGUGGGGAUAAUAAGAAGAAACAGGCGCCUAAGAUUUGGAUUAAGGAAAAUGAAGAUGAUAUUAUGGACUUUACUGAUCCUGCUGCGAUGAAGAAUAUUACUUCUAGUAAACCUGGCUCUGCUAAUUUGGAGAAGAAGACUAAGCUUAAUAGGGGAUUUAAAACUGAUGAUGUUGGAAGGUUGAUUAUUAAGGAUAGUGAUGAUGAUAGUGAAGAAGAAAAGGUUGGGAAAAAGAAGAAACAAUUGCCGUUCCUUGGGGAAGAUUCUGAUGAUGAUCCUGAUAAGGAUGAUGAGGAUGAGGAUGGGGAAUUGGGUUCGAAAUUCCCGAGAAAGAGGAAGCUCAGUGGAAGUACUGAUGCUGGGAGUGUUGCUACUAGUGUUGCUAGCAAGUCGGUGUAUAAACCCGGUGGAUCGGGAAUCCAUCGGCCCUUGAAAUCAGCCAAGUUGGAUAAGACACUUGGUGCUGAGUAUAGGUCUAAGAAAGCUGCUGGGGAUGUUAAGAAGAAGGGCAAGCCUGAUCCUUAUGCUUAUGUUCCUUUGACUAGGGCUUCGUUGAAUCGUAGGAAGAAAAUGAAAAAUGCUAGUAGGUUUAAGGGGGUUAUUUCUGGGGCUAAGAAAGGCGCUCAGAUGGGCAAAAAAGCGAGGCGGAAGAUGUAA